GUGUCUCCUUUGACUUAUCUGACAAAGAGCUAUUCUGCGUGGAGGAGCAGGAUGUGUUCGAUCUUGUGUAUUCGUUAAUGAAGGAGUUUCCUUGCCUUACUCCUGGCUGUAAGCUCAAUCUUGUGGAGUCACUUAGGUCCAAUCUCAGUGUUCUGCUCCCUACUAUGGAUUCUCUCUGGAGGGUGUCUCAGCAGAAGGAUGGAAAUGCUGAUGAAGAGAAGAAUGACAGUGAGGAGGAUGAGUGUUCGCUUGCUGAUCGAGUUGCAUCAUAUCGAAAUGCUUUCCAAAUAUACACUUUCUUCCUCAUUCACAUUGUGCUCAAUGAGGAGUCUAAAUCUACUUCUAUCAACAUUACAAAAGUUCCAACAAGUAAAGAUAGUGAUUACUGCAAACACCAAGGCCAUAAGCCAUAAGGUUCAUACAUGUAAUGUCAAGAGGAGAGAUAAUGAAUAUAGAAGAAGAGAGGAGGUGGAAGCAGCAAACAAGAACAAAACAAAAACAACACAAGCAAAUGACACUCAGGUAAUUACUCUACUAAUUAAAUCUCAGUCUGUUAAGAAUAAUAUUUCUGUUAGUGUUUCAGGUACCAAAGAAUAGCUAGCAAGAACUCAUCAGUAUCAACAAAAAAUGCAAGAAGACCAAUGGCAGACAUAAAAAGAAAUUUAGAGGCUAUCCUUAAACAAUCAGAGGAAUCAACCAAAAACCAAACAAAGUCAGGUUAUAAACC